AUGGAGUCCAGGGGAGAUAUUUCAUGCUGUUCCGCCCACAGGGGUUGGGCACGUGCCUGGUCUCCAAGUCCAUGUGCUUUUCUUGGGAGCUGGUCACUGAGCGGAAGCAUGGAGCCUGCCUUUCACAGAGGAGAUCUCCUGUUCCUCACGAACCAAAUUGAAGAUCCAAUCAGAGUGGGAGAAAUCGUGGUCUUUAGGAUAGAAGGAAGGGAAAUUCCUAUAGUCCACCGUGUCCUGAAAAUUCAUGAGAAGCAAAAUGGUGACAUCAAAUUUUUGACAAAGGGAGACAACAAUGCCGUUGAUGACAGAGGGCUGUACAAACGAGGGCAGCACUGGUUGGAGAAAAAGGACGUAGUAGGACGAGCAAGAGGAUUUGUGCCCUAUAUUGGAAUAGUGACUAUCUUAAUGAACGAUUACCCAAAAUUUAAGUAUGCGGUCCUCUUUUUACUGGGUUUAUUUGUGCUGGUCCAUCGAGAGUAGCCUCUUGCGCUGCAGCACGAGGUGAAGAUGCCAUGGAUUUUUUUUAGAUGAACGUUUUAAGUAGGCGAAGGUCCAGUGUGCCGGGAGGAAGAAGAAAACCUGCAUUUCAAAGCUUCUUGCCAGUUUGGGUUUGUUUCGGUUUUUACUGCGUAAGGGCGAAUGUUUGUCACAGUAUUUCCAAUGGUUUGUCACAUUUUAGCAUUUUUAGUGAGUUUUUAUAUUAAAAAUUUAAGCCAAACUGUUCAGUGUUUGUACUUUGAAGCUGAGCUUCCUCUUGAAGUGCCUGCAGGACUGUGUCCUCGAAGUCUGUGCCUCCACUGGGCAAGCGUGCCCUCUCCCUGUGCUGACUGAACUGUCAAACGGCGAACUGGGGAGGUGAUGUGGUUUUCCAAUUCAGAACUGGAAUAAAGAUUUUGCAUCUUGCCCGGUACGAGCCCUGCCAUGUUCUUCAAUAUUGCCCUGAGUGCAGCCUCAUUGCCCGGUUUCCCUGGGGGGGUACCUGGGCUUUGCCGUUGCAGACUGACUGUAGGCCCUGGUGAACCAACCUGUCCUCUCUUUGCAGAGCAACAGCCGCUGCUCCUCUCAUGUCCUUUUGGAGA